AUGAAGAUUUGCAUGAUAUCUUUUAUUUCUGUUUUGAAUUCAUUUGAAUUAUCAAUUACUCCCACUUAUUUGUAUCCGAUAAAUAAGUUGAAAUAUCUGUAUAAUUUGCCUGACGAUAGAGAAUCAAAAAGACUUACCAAUUAUUCUAGGUUUAUUUUAUCUGCUCCUAAAUAUACAAGGGAAGAUAUAGGCCCUUAUUCUUUUACUAUUCCUCCAGGUGGUAAUGAAAACAUCUGUAGUCUCGAAAGGGAAUUGUUGUUUGUUUAUUUAGAUAAUGGUCACAAGGAAAUCUGA